AGAUGAGCACUACACCCACAGUGAUCACAUGAUUCCUUGUGUCACCUGAUUCUCCGGGUCCACCCUGUGUUGUGCAGACGGAAGCUAAGCUAGCUAUUGUGAGAGGAUGGAUGAUUGAAAUUUUAACAUAUUCCUGCGCGUCCUGCAGAGAUACACAUCAUAUUCGACAUCUUUAAUUCGCCAUUUGGACGCAUGCGCGGAGAGGGAAGUGCGCUCGCGUGCCAUUAACGGUUGGAAGUUGUGCUAGCUAGCUAGCUGCUUAGCCAUGUCGUCUUAGGACUGUUUAUUCGUCAGUGUCUCUCUGUUUUUUCUUUUGUCUGGAGAGGAAUUAAUUUACAGGUGUUGACAUAAGGUGAAAUACGACCAUGGCGUCGAUACUUGACGAGUACGAGGACUCGCAAAACACCAGGCAAAGUGCGCAGCAGCACGGCCGCUUGUCAAGUGCCAACAUCGGGCUAACACAUUCAGGUUUUGUGAAUGUGAGACUUGAGGAGGAGAAGCCGAUAUUCAACAAGCAGCGGAUCGAUUUUACACCGCCGGAGAAGAUAAACCACCUUUCAGUCUGCAGCAAUCAGCUCUGCAUGAGUCUGGGAAAGGACACCCUGCUGAGGAUUGAUUUGGCCAAGCCUGAUCAGCCUAAUCAGGUUGAAUUAGGAAGGAAAGAUGAGAGUAAAGUGCACAGACUGUUCCUGGACCCCACCGGAUCCCAUCUGCUGAUCAGCCUGACCACCAGCGAGUGUCUGUAUCUCAACAGGAACACGCAGAAGGUGCGCAGUCUGUCCCGCUGGAGAGGCCACCUCAUCGAGAGCGUGGGCUGGAACAAGCUGCUGGGCAAUGAGACCAACACAGGGCCCAUCCUGGUUGGCACCAGCCAGGGCAUCAUCUUUGAAGCAGAGAUCUCUGCAGCUGAGGGCAGCCUGUUCAACACCAAUCCAGAUCAGUACUUCAGACAGGUCCACUCCCUGGAGGAGGAUGGCAAGCCUGCACCAGUCUGCUGCCUAGAGGUUGAGCGGGGCCUGGAGAACAAAUACUUUAUCAUCGCCACCACCCGCAAACGCCUGUUCCAGUUUGUGGGUAAAGUGGCCGAGGGGUCUGAGCAGCAAGGCUUCAGCUCUAUUUUCAGCCAGAACCAGGACCUGCUGCCCAGUUUCCAGGAGUUCCCAGCCAACAUGGGCUACAGCGAGAUCACCUUCUACACAUCGAAGCUUCGAACCUCCCCGAAGGCUUUUGCCUGGAUGAUGGGUAAUGGAGUUCUUUAUGGUCAGCUUGACUACGUCAGGCCUGAUUCCCUGCUGAGUGAUGUUCAGGUAUGGGAGUACACCCCUGACAUUGACCUUAGUGCCAACCGGCCCAUCUCCAUUGUGCUGACACAGUUCCACUUCCUGCUGCUGCUCCGUGACCGAGUUAAGGCUAUCUGCACUCUGAAUGGACAGGUGGUAUAUGAGGAUGUGUUCCCAGAUAAAUUCGGUGCCCUCAAAAAGAUGAUCAAGGACCCAGUUGGCGGGUUGGUGUGGAUUUACACUGAGCGGGCAGUUUUCCGGUACCAUGUCCAGCGAGAGGCCAGAGAUGUCUGGCAGAUGUACAUGAGCAUGAAUAAAUUUGAUUUGGCCAAGGAGUACUGCCGUGACCGGCCGGAGUGCAUGGACAUGGUGCUGGCUAAAGAGGCAGAGCACUGCUUCCAGAACAAGCGAUACCUAGAGAGUGCCAAGUGCUAUGCACUGACGCAGAACUACUUUGAAGAAAUAGCACUCAAGUUCAUCGAAGCCAAACAAGAGGAUGCUCUAAAGGAGUUUCUGCUGAAGAAACUAAAUAAUCUGAAACAGAGCGAGAGAACACAGAUCACUCUGCUAGUCACCUGGCUAGCUGAGCUCUACUUGAACCGGCUGGGCCAGCUGGAGAGUGACGGUAAUAGUAUCAUCUUCCAGGAGACCCGUGAUGACUUUCGCCAAUUCCUCAGCAACUCCAAACACAAGGAGUGCCUGUUCAACAACCGCAGCACCAUCUACGACCUGCUUGCCAGCCACGGCAAUGUUGACGACAUGGUUUACUUCUCAGUCGUCAUGCAGGACUAUGAGAGAGUGAUAUCCCACUACUGCCAGCAUGACGACUACAGCGCAGCUCUGGAGGUGCUCUCUAAGCACUGUGAUCAGAAGCUUUUUUACAAGUUCUCCCCUGUCCUCAUGCAGCACAUUCCCAAAAACGUGGUGGAUGCGUGGAUUCAGAUGGGCAAGCGGCUGGACCCAAAGAAGCUCAUCCCGGCUCUGAUGAACUACAGCCAGAUGGGCAGCACCCAGCAAAUCAACGAAACGAUCCGCUACAUGGAGUUCUGUGUAUAUGAGCUGACUGUGACCGAGGAGGCCAUCCAUAACUACCUGCUGUCGCUCUAUGCCAAGUACAAGCCGGACCGUCUGCUGUGGUACCUGGAGCAGGCAGGUACACACGCCUCAGAGAUCCACUAUGACCUGAAGUACGCCCUCAGGCUGUGUGCAGAACACGGCUACCUCCAAGCCUGUGUCCUGGUUUAUAGGAUUAUGGAGUUGUAUGAGGAGGCAGUGGAUCUUGCUUUACAAGUCGACGUAGACUCUGCCAAGGCAUGUGCAGACCUGCCUGAGGAUGACGAGGAGCUGAGGAAAAAGCUUUGGCUGAAGAUCGCCCGCCAUGUGGUGCAGGAGGAGAAAGAUGUGAAGAAAGCCAUGAACUGUCUGUCCAGCUGCAAUCUGCUCAAGAUCGAAGACAUCCUGCCAUUCUUCCCAGACUUUGUCACCAUUGACCAUUUUAAGGAGGCCAUCUGCAGCUCCCUGGAGGAAUACAACCAGCACAUCGAGGAGCUGAAGCAGGAAAUGGAGGAGGCUACAGAAAGUGCUAAACGCAUCAGAGAGGACAUCCAGGAAAUGAGGAACAAAUACGGAGUAGUGGAUUCUCAGGAAAAAUGUGCUGCUUGUGACUUUCCAUUACUCAACAGGCCCUUCUAUUUGUUCCUGUGUGGACACAUGUUCCACUAUGACUGCCUGUUCCAGGAAGUCACCCCUCAUCUCACAGCAUAUAAGCAGAAUCGUCUGGAGGAGCUGCAGAAAAAGCUGGCUGCAACCACGCAGUCCUCCAAGUCACGCCACCGCGCGUCAACCAAGGACGAAGGAGACACUGCCAGCCUGGGAAAGGGCAAUGCGGGCACAAGCCGCGAGCAGAUAAAAUCGGACAUUGAUGACAUCAUUGCAUCUGAAUGCGUGUACUGCGGCGAACUGAUGAUCAAGUCCAUUGACAAGCCUUUCAUUGAUCCACAGAAAUUUGAGGAGGAGAAAUCCAGCUGGCUAUGAAUGAAUCCUCUCAAUGUGAAAAGACACGGCAGCCCACCAUCUGUAUGUCGAUUACACUGCACCAUAUUUAGGACUGGCUCAUUCAGUGGAUACAGACAUUCACCCGAUGGCCUGUUGGUAGUGCCUACUGCUGAAAACUGCGUCAGCUUCAGUUGUUCUCUUCAGCAUACAUUCAUUUGUUGGCAGUAUUUAUAGCUGAUUUAAAGACCUUUGCACUUUGUAUGGGAGUGUGUAGCAAAAUGUCGACAUUGUCAGCAAAGAUACAAGAUGGGGUGAUGUAAAAUAUUGCCAGGGCUGCACAGUGCAUACAAUGUGCCUGAACCUCUAAUUAUAAUGAUAAAAAAAUGAUUCAAAAGCUGCACUAUACAUCUAUUAACUACAUCUGGUCUUGCACUUGCUUUGUCUAUUGGAAACAUUAACUGCACUUAAGACAAUAUCUGUGAUUCCUUAGUUUAGUUCAUCCACUCCACUCUACAUAUCUUUGUUGAUGUUAACGUGGGGCCGAUUAACAAACUGUUAUCUCACGUAUUCACUGUUCUGCAAUUCAACCGUGGCAAAUUAAAGCUUGGCAGUACUGAUUAACUGAUUGUUCUGGUUGUUUUAAAGUGUAAUAAAUAUUUAACAAGUGAUUUCAACAA